AUGGUUGGCUUGGAAAACUUUGAACUCGCUGGCAUCAAGAGCUAUACACGGUUCUGGGGUCUUCUUAUGUUUGGGUCAUACUCUGUUAUCAAUGUCAUCGUGCUGCUAAAUCUACUCAUAGCCAUGAUGUCUAAUUCUUAUGCAAUGAUCGAUGAACACUCGGACGUCGAAUGGAAAUUCGCUCGUACCCGCUUGUGGAUGAGUUAUUUUGAGGAGGUUGCCACUCUUCCACCACCGUUCAACAUUCUGCCAACGCCAAAACUCUUCCUCAAGAUGCUGGGUAUCCGAAAGAAGGAUAAACUCAGGAAAAUGAAAAUGAAGGAGCAGAAAGAAAAAGAACAUGACGUACGCUACACAGCAGUGAUGCGAGCUCUUGUCUGGCGCUACGUGUCUGCCAAGCACAGGAAGAUGGUUGAUGAACCGGUUACAGAAGAUGAUAUAAAUGAGCUUAAAGUAGAUGUUUCUGCUUUAAGAUACGAACUACUAGAGGUGUUUGAAAAGAAUGGCAUGGAUGUUAGUUUUACAGAUAGAAAGGAAAAAAUGGUUCUUGGAAAGCGCAUGAAGAUAUGGGAACGACGUCUAAUGAAGGACUUCCACGUGGCUCCCGUAUCUUUGGAGGAUGAGAAGCUAGCCGAUGAGGAUGGACUGUCAAGGUUUAGGAGAAUCGUCAAGAUGGCGAUUGCAAACACAGCUCACGGGAAAUGGGACCAAACAUUGGCAGCAACUGGAGUAUCGUCCCAGAUUGGUCGUUGUCGCAGUCGUGAGUCUUUCAAAAAUCAGCAGACCUUACAGCGCGCCAUGGAAGAAGUUAAAAAGUUGGUUCUGCGUUCUCCCUUACCAGAAGGUUCUCGGGGUGUGUCUCCAAUUGAAAUGCCUGUGAGCCCAGGACAUACAUUAUUGGAGCUGAUCAAGGACAUAUCCACGGAAGUUGGAGAAUAUAGCGAACCUAUCGCUUCGCCUGUACCUAAACCUGAGGAAGCUGGAGCAGGUGCAGGUGCAUUGCUAACAGCAGCUGCAUUCCGCAGCAGACCGAUUUCUUCUAAACCAAGCUCAUCCAAAGCGGGACUUGCUACUGUAACUAAGAAAUCAGAAGAAGGUGAAUCAAGACGUGCAGAUGACAUAGUGGUAGCUCGGCCAGUGGCGCCUGAAAUCAAACCUUCAGGAGGAGCCAUACCUCCACCGCCACCCGUCGUGAAGCCUAAGGCACCUGCUCCAACAAUGGAGGUGACUCCAAGUACUCCACCGGCUCAUGCUCCAUCAGUACCUGAAGUAAAGCCACCGACAUCACCUAAAGUAGCGCCUCCACCUCCACCUCCCAGGGUUGCAUCUCCAACGCCUUCUACUUCAACUGCCGCUGCCCCUCCACAACCACCACCGGCAUCUCUGCCUAAGCGUCUGUCAUCUACAUCAAGCACAGAGCAGCUAAUACCUCCGUCAUCGCCCGAACCUCUUCGUCCCGUGAAGAAACUCGAUGAGAUUAGUACGAUCAAGCGACAGCCUAAAACUGGAUGGCUUUAG